UUGAACCUCCUUGGUUCCUGAAAACGGUGCCAUGGUGCCUCACCUUGGGACGGUGACCUUCGGGCUUCUUGGGCUUUGUGUCUCUGAUGUCUCCGCAACGGCUCCGCGGCAGCAGCUGGCGGAGCGCGUGGAGCGGCUAAGACGCGAGCUACGGGAAGCAGAAACGCAGUUGGCGGAGAUGCCAGAGGAGGAGAGUGGCCUUUCCUUAGCUCCCUGGGCGCAGCCAGCGGUCUGCAACGCUCGCCUGCGCACGGGCGACCUCAGGGAGGCCUCGGAGUACUUGGCCAAGCAGCAUGCGCUGCGGGCGCCGUUUUACAUUGAGGCGGCCCGGCAGAGCUUCCAGAAGGGUCUGAAGCAGUUGAAGGGCAUCGACACCUCCAACUCAGACCCCUUCAUCAAACAGCAUGAGGGCCAACUGCAGGUGCUUGGCGCUUUGGACCUUGCGCCCAACGACCCGCAGAUUUGGCUGGAAGCGGCCCAGGUCUCAGUGUUGCUGGCAGCCUUGGGUGAGAGUGAAGGUGAAGCGCAGCACGCGCUGGCCAUGUUCGCGCGCGCCGCGCAGCUGGACGAAUCCACACUGCCCAAGGCACUCACCUGGCUCUCGCGGAAGGAGUCGGAAGCGAAGGAGGAGAAGCAACUCCGGAAGGCCGUGCGGAACGAGGUGAAGCGCUGGAACCAGUCGGGACAGGUGCCGGAGAUCCCGGUGACCUUUGUGUCCACCUUGCGAGAGGGCAUCUGCUUUGGCCGUUCGGGCUCCUCCUGGCAACACCCCGAAGAUGUGGCGAAGAUCGUCAGCAACUUGCAGGUGAGGGAUGUGUUCCCCACCAAGGUCUUAUCAGUGAAUGUGCUGGAGCUGUUGCCGGAAGGCUUCACCAAGCGCUUGAGCGAUUUGGCGAUCCAGAAGUACCAGCAGUUCAGCAAGAAAUUUCCCAAGAUCGAUCCCAACGACCUCAAUGACAAGUUCUUCAGCUUCCAGGCCACGAACGCCGAUCGCCUGGGGGCCGGAGAGCUGCGCAAGUGGCCGGAGAUGUACCGAGACUCGGAGGACUUCAAGAUCCUCACCCGAGUGAUGAAGGGCGCUUUGAGGGGCUUUCUGGAGCGGACCCACGUGCCGCUGCCGCAGGCGGAGGACUAUGGGCUGGUGCUUUGGGCCGCAGUCUACCCUGGGAAUGGUGGACGGCAUGGGUACCAUGUCCAUCAAGGCUCUGCCAGUAGCUGUGUGCUCUACGCGCGCGUCGCAGGAGCUUCGACUCCCAUCAGCUUCAUCGAUCCUCGUGGCGCGCCGCCCGUGGAGGACUAUGAGCAAUACGAGAAGGAGAGGGACUUUGAGCCCAAGGCGCCCUUCCACCACAACGAGUACUUCUUUCCACGCGAAGGCGAUCUCGUGUGCUUUCCGUCCUGGUUGGUCCACAAUGUGCCGUCGCACUGGGAAUCUGAGACUCGAGUGGCCUUUGCAGCCAACCUCCAAGGCCAAGGGGCCUGGGAUAGCUGGUUCCACACGGCCGUGGGCUGGAGCUGAUGCCGCAGGCGCAAGUGAACACCUCCCAAGCGCGGCCUCAAGCGUCGCAUGCGAUGCGGAGAAACACAGCAGUGUGGGUUCGGUGCCAGGGAGGUGCGAUCCAAACCGGCAGCUCAGGGAGGUGCGAUCCUGCGACUGCGAUAGCAGGGUGUUGGGCCCUAACACAGCCAUGAGAUCCAAGAGCUGUAGUAUAUUUCUGACGCCGCAGGCUUGUCCACCAAGUUCAGGAUUUUCUGUUUGAGAUUAUUUGAGUAUCUCCAUCUUCAUCCCAAC